GGAUCAACUCUAUUAUGGAGGGAGGAGACGGAGGAGGAGACAGGGCACCAGGAUUCAAGUUGCAAACCCUCGGAGGAAGGAGAACAAGCUUAUAGGGAACAGCAGCUGAGUGAGGCUUUUGUGGUGGAUGAUAGGCCCUCCACUCCCUGAUACAAGACUCCAAGACCUCUGAAGAUCAUGCAGAUCGUAGUCUCUGUGGCAGUGGUCCUUGCGGCUCUGACUGUUGUGGCAGAUUCUGAGGUCCAGACCGUGACGGAGCCCACUCUGUCUCAGAAGUUCGAGAGAUUCCAGCAUGACGUUCAGACCUUUGUGGACCGCUUCGGAGAGAAGACCAAGGCCGCUUUCCAAGGCCUCCACCAGAGCGAAAUAAGCAACAAAACCAGGAGCUGGUUCUCUGAGACCUUCCAGAAGCUGAAGGAAAAAUUCAGGACUCCGUUCUCCAGAGAGGAACCCAACUGAGUCCCAUCCAUCCGUGGAGAGAAUGGCUGGAGACACGCUCACUAGUCCCCAUUCCUUGCAUUCACUGCUGGCUGGAAGGAGGGUCUUUAUGCGACCCCCAAGUAGCCACUGGAGAAACGUCUGACUCUCCGUCUAUCACUUCCUUUCGUAGCCUUUUUUCACAUUUUCCUUCCUCUCCAUUUUUUAUUUGCCAAUGUAUUCAGCACAAAUAAAGAGGAAAUGCCUUCCUGGUGAAACAAAA